AUGUGUCUUACUCUCCAUUCCAGUGAUAAUCGUUUGCCAGAAAAGCUGUCAGACUUUGAGAAUAAAAUCAGAGCUCAAGAGAACACACGGCUCUCGAAAUGGCUAAAGAUGUUAAAGUCUUGGGAACAAUACUUCCCUAAUUCGGAUAAAUUAAGGACAAGAGUUUAUAAAGGCAUUCCCAACGCAGUCCGGGGCGAAGUGUGGGCACGACUUCUCAAUAUAAGUCGACUCAAACUGGAACAGGACGGAAAAUACAAUGAAAUGCUUGAAUAUGGUUUAGACCACUCACCAGAUAUCAGACAAAUUGAUUUGGAUGUGAACCGCACCUAUAGAAACCAUAUUAUGUUUAGAGAGAGAUAUAAUACUAAACAACAAAUGUUGUUUAAAGUCUUAGUCGCUUAUAGUGUGUAUAAUUCGGAAAUCGGUUAUUGUCAGGGAAUGUCACAAAUAGCAGCCCUUCUGCUCAUGUAUAUGAAUGAAGAG